AUGGUUCGGAGCUUGAAGAACCCAAAGAAGGCGAAACGCAAGAACAAGGCCUCGAAGAAAGGCGAAGGGUCUUCUUCGAAUUCGGGGCCCACGGUGGAAGCAAAGGUGUGGCAACCUGGUGUUGACAAGUUGGAGGAAGGAGAGGAGCUUCAGUGUGAUCCUUCUGCGUACAACUCCCUUCAUGCUUUUCAUAUUGGAUGGCCUUGCUUGAGCUUUGAUAUAUUGCGAGAUUCCUUAGGGUUGGUCCGUACUGAGUUUCCACAUACGGUGUAUUGUGUCGCGGGAACACAGGCAGAAAAGUCUUCCUACAAUUAUAUUGGAAUAUUCAAGUUACAAAAUAUUUCUGGGAAGAGACGUGAAUUAGUGCCCAACAAGAUCGACAAAGAUGGGUCUGAUAUGGACAGUGACAGUAGUGAUAGUGAUGAGGAUGACGGGGAGGAUGGUGGUGGAUCGGGCUCCCCAAUUUUGCAGUUACGCAAGGUACCUCAUGUAGGAGGCAUUAACCGCAUUCGUGCUAUGCGCCAAAAUCCUCACAUUUGUGCCUCUUGGGCAGAUACAGGCCAUAUUCAGGCGAGUUUAAUAUUUAUUCAGUUGAUGUGGGACUUCAGCUCUCAUUUGAAGGCUUUGGUAGAAUCAGAUACUGAAGCUAUCCGUGGCGGGGCUACUGAUUACAGUCAAGCGCCUUUAGUCAAAUUUACUGGACACAAGGAUGAAGGCUAUGCCAUGGACUGGAGUCCUCUCGUUGCUGGAAGAUUCGUGUCAGGGGAUUGCAAGAAUAAUAUUCAUCUGUGGGAACCUGCAUCUGAUGCUACAUGGAAUAUUGAUGUUAAUCCCUUUGUUGGUCAUACUGCAAGUGUUGAAGAUUUGCAGUGGAGUCCAACAGAGCCAUUUGUAUUUGCCUCGUGCUCUGUUGAUGGGAAUGUCGCGAUCUGGGAUAUUCGUUUGGGAAAAUCACCUGCAGUUUCAAUCAAAGCACACAAAGCUGACGUAAAUGUUAUCACAUGGAACAGCCUGGCGAGCUGUAUGCUAGCAUCCGGUAGUGAUGACGGGACAUUUUCCAUCCGAGAUCUCAGAUUGCUCAAGGAAGGAGACUCUGUAGUUGCACAUUUUGAGUACCAUAAACAUCCAAUCACAUCCAUCGAGUGGAGCCCUCACGAGGCCUCCACCUUGGCCGUGUCUUCUUCGGACAAUCAACUCACAGUGUGGGACCUUUCCUUGGAGAGGGAUGAAGAAGAAGAAGCCGAGUUCAAAGCAAAGACUAAAGAAACAGUCGAUGCCCCUACCGAUUUGCCACCUCAGCUUCUCUUUGUUCAUCAGGGUCAAAAGGACUUGAAAGAAGUUCAUUGGCAUUCGCAGAUACCUGGGAUGGUUAUAUCCACAGCAGCUGAUGGCUUUAACAUAUUAAUGCCUUCAAACAUUGAAUCUGCUCUUCCUGCUAAUGCUUGA